GUUAACUGCACGAAUGUUAGCUGAUCUCCUGCGACUUAAGGAGGGAUAAAAGCCAUUAUAUAGUCAUGUUCGUGUGUUUUACAAAUCAUGUGGCAUGACUGGAUAGUUGAGACUUCAUGACGCACGGAAACGAGCAACUCAAUAAAUAUUACUCCAAACGGAGGAUCACGCUUAGACCAUAUCCUUCAUCCCACAUGCAACUAAUCCUUCGUGUGUUUACAUGGUGAGGUGAUGUCAAAGUUUAAUUUUACUUGGCCUUUAAAGGCAUUUUCAGUAUUCGGUGUUCGGAACAGAGGAAAAUAGACUACAUGCAUAAAUGCCGCGUUCCAUUUGUCCUCGGAAGUGGGGAUUUCCCAGUUCCGAGUCGGAAUUUUCAACUGGAACGCCCCUCGAAGUGGGAUUUCCCACUGGGUGAGCAGAAACUCCUUCUUGACAACAUGGAUAGAGGUGGGUUUAUUGGACGUGAGAAGAUUCUCCCAUCAGAAUCUGAACAGCUAGUAUCCGACCACAGCAGUGCCACAAGACCACGCUUGAUUAUUAACUUGACUAAAAUGCUUCAAGCUGACAAACCCAAUGUGGUGAAGAAGCCGGUCCCAAUCCGCCCACCAAGCCCUAGAAAGCAUCUGCCAAGAGAGCAAGAGCGCCGUGGUUUCCUCUCUUGUGAAGCUGCGCCUAAACCCAUCAUCCGGAGAAGGUCACGCUCACUGCCUUCCACCACCGAGAAGAAAAAGGGACAACGCAGAAAUGUUGGCGUGCGGUUUAUUGAUUCCUUGGGACUGGACUUGGAAGACGUCAGGCUUUUUAAAUCAGGAGAAGAUCCAUUUGUGCCACAUCAUGUCACGUUCAGAUUGCUAAUGGGUGCCGAGAUGGCAGAUGGGAGGCAUCUGGAGAUUUCCUUGCCAUAUCUGAAGCCAGUUUUUGCCCAACAACCUGGCGAUCAGCCAGAAUUCCUGUACCACCUCUGUGAACAGAAAGUGUGUCUGGAGAGGGUCUUGUGUUUUGAAUUGGGGAUUAUCUGCAUCACCCAGGUCCUAAACUUGGACUUUCAGAAAGACAUCAGAGCUCGUUAUUCAUUUACACAGUGGAAGAGCUAUGCAGAAGCAAAGGCCUCUUGGGUGUCCACCGUCACGAAGACCUGGGAAGGAGGAGAGGGGGAAUUUAGUUGUGAUGCAUUUCGUUUCCAUCUGCCAGUCCCUCCAUUUCUGCAGCCAGGUGCAGUGUUAGAGUUUGCCAUUCAGUACAAAGUCUGUGGGGCUGAAUACUGGGACAACAAUGAUGGAGAGAAUUAUAAGUUAAUUUGCCAAAACUACAAACUCACCGUGCCUAAAGAAUGUGAGGACAGCAUGGUGCACUUUAUUUAGGGUGCAGAAAGUAGAAUAAAUCUAUUUUUAGCACUUUAUGACUGCUGGUAGCAAUACACUUUCAAAUAACUGAAGCACAUGUAGUGAUGCUGUUCAUUUUGUCACUGCAGAAAGUCUUUGAUCCCAUUGCAUUCUAGAUAAACGUUGAUAAGACUUGACUAGACUGAAAUUAAAAAAACAUUGUUUGACUUGUUUUUUAAAACUGCACUGAAUUUUAAAAUGUAGCUAUUUGAAGUAGAAAAGUUUUUGCACACCGGAUAUGCAGAAAGGUGCGUUGGAGGAGGAAAGGUGCAGCCAAAUAUGAAAAGAAAACUCCUGCACAGCUUCUUCUCACCGUGCACUCGUUUAUUAGGCCAACGUUUCAGUCAGACCUUUUUCAAGGCAUCAAAAACCUUGAUGCCUUGAAAAAGGUCUAUGUUGGCCUAAUAAACGAGUGCACUGUGAGAAGAAGGUGUGCGGGAGUUUUCUUUUUAUAAAACGUAGCUAUUUAAAAUGUAAAAUGACCAUGGGGUCAUCUAAUUUUGUACAUUUAGAGCUGCUGAACUUUUUUUUUCUUAUUUUGUAUUCACUACUUGUCCAAAGCAUGUUGGAGAUUAGAAAUCAUAUUGUUAAUUGUUAUCUAUGUUUAAUAAAUAAUCAAAUGAAUGCUAAUUUUGUGUAACAAUAAAUAAUGUCAAAACAUUAUUUUGUUGUAAUAUAUUGUUUUUUUUAUUUAACUCAAGUCCACAUUUUCCAGUUUUAUGUAAACUUUAAUACAUACCUGUCAAGUCUCCCGUUUGGGCCGGGAAAUUACCGUAUUUGACCUCUCUUUCCCGCUGUCUUCCCGUAUUAGUAUUUUCUCUUGAAUUUCCCGUUUUAUAAUAUAAUAAUUUUUAAACAGCAAACUAAAUUGUCACUAACCUCGUGAGAACUGCUACCUGCUGUAGCCUGGGUGGAAGUUCUCGCGAGGUUAGUGGCGACAACGGGAGCAAACUCGGAACAACAAAUCAAAGAUGAAUGGAUGUAACAAGAGAGAAAACAUUUCUGCCAAAAAAGAAGACUUGGUGUAAAUAUCUCUAAAAAUGGGAAACUAAAUUUACUUUCCUAAAGAGGAGAUACAGAAUACAGUCAGUGAAUACCAUAGAGCCACAUGAGUGAAAAUGACAACUUAAAAGAAAAUGUAAAUGUUUCACUUGAAGACAAUAAAUGUGCAUAUUAACUAUGUAAUAAAUAAA